UAACUUCUUCAACUAGUCCGCGGACACUUUCACUCAAUCAAAUCUGCCUUUUCUACCGACAACGUACAAUACAACCUCCACUUGUUCUCAUUCCCUCAGCUUCCCUCGCCUGCCUUGCAUCCACCGCCUCGAAUUCCCUUAUUGGCACGAGAACCCCGCCGCCACCUGCACUUCACCACUUUGGGACCUAUAAAGCUUCGCCCAACUUCCUUCCCCAGACAUACAAACCGGCUCCCCUCUUUUCACACCACUAGGAUACCACACUUCCACACAACAACCAGCUUAGGUGCUCGAUCCCCGAUUCGAGACGAGCUUCGCAUACAAACAAACACAGGCGUGGGGCAUGGCAAGCUCGUCCGCGGCCGCCGGGCUGCUAGGCCGGCAGCUGAAGCAGAUGCAGGGGGACAAGGACAUUCCAGGCAUCAGCUGUGGAUUGGUGGACAGUAACGUCUUUGAGUGGGAGGUCAUGCUCAUGAUCAACGACGAGUGCAAGUUCUAUGGAGGAGGAUUCUUCCGCGCUCGCCUGACCUUCCCUAAGGAAUACCCGCUCCUGCCCCCCAAGAUGAAGUUCGAGACACCAAUCUUCCACCCUAAUAUCUACAAAUCCGGUGAAGUGUGCAUUAGCAUCUUGCACCCACCAGAGGAAGAUAAAUAUGGCUACGAGUCAGCCGCCGAACGAUGGUCCCCAGUUCAGACCCCGGAAUCCAUCCUGCUAUCCGUUAUCAGCAUGCUCUCGUCACCCAACGACGAAAGCCCAGCGAAUGUCGAGGCCGCGACACUGUGGAGAGACGACCCGAAGGAGUUCAAGAAGCGUGUGAGGAAGUGUGUGAGGGAUAGCUUGGAAGAGGGCAUGUAGGGGAAUUAGAGUAGUGGAGUCGUCGAGUCUUCGGACUCAGAUGUAGAAGGGUUGCGAAGGCUGUUGAUAGGCGGGAUUGGGCAACGACUUAAUGACAUUACGAUGUCAGACUCUUGUUCACGACUUCUGGGAGUUUUGGACUGCAUUUUACAACACCAAAUUUUUGGUUGUCUUUGAGCCUUGCAUUGCUUUCGGUUUGCAUGGUUUGGCUUAUGGCAUUGGUACACUGGUAUUUUGGUUACUCAUCUCCAAAUAUGGAGAACGCCACUAGGCCAAAUUGCAACUAAACCUUCUGGUCAUCCCUUCCGAGCAACAACGGAAGUGCUUUACGGCGAGCUCCCAAGUACAGGACACACUAUGAUGGCAUGAAUCCAGCAUUCGGGUCCAGCAAUCACUAACAAAGCUGAUUUCGUCUCUGCAGAUCAUACUAAGAAGUCUAAAAUGGUCCCAAAAGUCAAGCGUAGUCUCAAUUCUCAC